GAAGUCUUAAGCAUUAGAGGGAACAAAUACGGUGCCGGACACAGUCCGUCUUGUUCCCCCGCCGCCUUUUCCUAGGGCAGAACUCCCGUCCAAAUCGUGGCUUUUAGAUGCUGCUCUACCAUCUUGGUCUUCUGGGUGAAUGGUGAUUUAAGCUUUUGGGAGUUGGACAUAAGUUUGUAUUACCAGUUUUCCUAAUGGAAGAGGCUCCGCAAGACACGUUCCAGGAUGAGCUGGAGUGGUGCAUUUCCCAACUGGAGACUGGCCUCUUGCGUCUCCACCCAACUCCAGAGCAAGCGGCAGAGUCUCAGCGCAUCCUCAAGGUGCUGCGCUCGCGGAAGGCUCCUUCGGUGAAAAAACGGCAGGUGAUGCACCGGGUUUUUGGUGACUACCGGCUCAAGAUGGUGGAGGAGAGGAAGAGAACAGGCAAAGCAGCCGCGAAGUCCGAGAAGGUGCAAAUUCAGCCAGGAGAUGCUUUGGGGUCAGCCAGCGUGGUGUACAGGAAGCAAUCCGACCAGCCCUCUGAGGCUUCGUCAUGGUUUACUCCGUCCGAUAAUAGCUUUCAGUUUGGCUUCGAUCUUCCUGAGAGAGCCCCCGAAGAAAUAAGCAGGACCGCAGAAGAAGCAAACGGCGUGAUGGACGCCCAGGAGCAGUCGGCUAGUAGCAUUCCCUCCGCAGAAGAGGGCCAAUGGGAGAUGUUACACUUUCCCACUGGGAUGCAAGGGCCCGAGUUUGCUUUCAAUUUUAUCAUCCCUGAUGGUCUUCUGCCCCCUUCUGCCGCAGAUCCAAGUUUGGAGGAUACAGCAGAAGCAGCCACGGAAGAAGACACUCUCUUGAGAAAAGCCACGGAGAUGCCGGAGAGUUCAGUCUCCCUCAAGCCCAGUAGAUUGGAGGCAGGAAGUGGUAGUGAUCCAAGAGAUGAUGGAAAUCCUUCGCUGGAAGAAGCUGUCAUGGAAAAGAAAGAAACGGCUCAUAAAGAAGUGAACGCUGCAGCUGCUGGUGGAUCAUCCAAAAGGAAAAAGAGGAAAAAACAGUCCUCAAAGGUAGAGCCCCGCAAAAACGUAAAUGAAGAUAGACUCCAGGUCAAAGCCGCAUCUGACCAGACUGAGGUGUGUGAGCAGUCGGGCGAGCAGGUGAAGAGGGAGGUGGAGUGGUGCGUGGAGCAGCUGGAACUGGGGCUGAAGACUCAGAAGUCAUCUCCGAGGCAGACAGACGAGGCGCUGCGGGCCAUCAAGACGCUACGCAGCGAGAAAGCCGUGCUGGCCAAGAAGCGCCAGAUCAUGCGACUCAUGUUUGGCGAUUACAGGAAGAAAAUGGCAGAGGAAAGGCAGAAGCAGCUGAAGCUCAUGCAAGCAGCUUCAAAGGCGGGACGUAUUGCAGAAGUGACCGAAGACGCACGCCGAAAGAGCAGCACGGUUUUCAGGAAGUCGGACAAAGCGGCCGGGAAAAGUAAAAACCCCAAGGACCCUCUUCUCCGUUUUGCCGGAACAGCCAACACUUGCUCUUUUAGAUUCACACCGUCCCAAGAAGAGUUCCAGUUUAAUUUUUUCUAAGAACUCUACAUGAACGAUUGUGAGUUGGUUUUCAUCAGGUGCUGCGAAUUCCUGCUUUUUUAAAGAUUUUAACCUUAGCAGCACAAUAGCUUGUGAGGGAAGGGGGUGGUAUUCUGCUACAAUCUCGAGUGUCAAGUCCACGGUCGUUCAGCUGUCAACAUCAGACCUUGUAGUAAAUAGGUUUUAUUGAAAUACCGACUUCCGUAGGGCAAGACGGUUCUUGCAAAAACUGAGACCGAUUUCUCACUCACCCUGUUCCGGUCUCGUUGCUAAUUUUCGCUGCGGGGCUGCUGCUGGAUUUCGCACAAACUGCCCAAGCCGGCGAGUUGCCCAACCCCUUUUCAAGUUCCCUCUGCGGCAGACAGAAACCGGUUUUCAGAGGAUCCCGCCUGCUGCGGAGGGAACUUGAAGAGAGGCGGGGCAACUCGCUGGUCCGGGGCAGUUUGUGCAAAAUCCAGCAGCAGCCCCAAGGAAGAAAGUGAGAGUGGGGUAAGUUUAGUGAGAAAUCAGUCUGAUUCUGGCAGACUUUCACCCUGUACUUAUACCCUUUAUGAUGACUGUCAAACAUUUGAAUAAUGGCACCAAGCAAGCAAACCUCCCCUCCCACCAAAGUUCGGGUCCCAUAGCUCCCUUCUUUCUGCAGGUGCACACAUAAUCCCCAGAAGGCAGGCCUGUGACUUUGGCCAUCACUUCACUUGGUUACUACAAAGAUAACAGGGCAUUGCAAGCAAAGGUCAUACAGCAGGACUACAAUCAUGGCAAGAGGCACUCUUGUCAUCCAGUCUUUACAUCAAGGGUGCCCUGACUUGGAUAGCCCAGGCAAGCCUGAUCUCAGAAGCUGAGCAGGGCCAAGCCUGGCAAGUACUUGGAUCAGAGGCCUCCUUGGAAUACCAGGACCGGGAGGCAGAGGCAGGCUGGAUCAAGCCGCUUCUCUGAAGGUCCUCCAUGCCCCGGUAGGGGUCGCCUGAGGUCACCAUGACUUCCAGGCGUGCGCACACACACACACAAUAUAAAAAGGGGAGGCUUCUUUGAGCGGUACAGUAGGUAUCGUUAACCCAUCAUAAAAGGUCAAUUUACAAACAGAGGGAUAAAAGGGAAAUGGUAAGCAGUGAAAGAAACCAGCAUCCUGGGAAAGACAGCCGGUAAAGGGCGAAGACUCUUUGCUUUAAAUGUGCUCUCUUUGAAAGCUCUGUUUGAACUGUAGAGUGGGAGAAGAGAGGGGGGCAUGACAAUAACGAAAGCUGUAUUGAGUGAAGAACUACACGAGUCAAUAAAAAUGUCUGUAUGCA